AUGGAUGGAGUAGGAGGGACUGUUUGUGCAGGCACAGGCUAUUAUUUGAAGAAAGAAGCAUUAUAUAGUACUCCAAUUAACCAAGAUAAUAUGACUACACUUUUUCUAAAAGCUCAAUCAGAAUACAAGUGGGAAUCUCAAUUGUAUCAAUCAGAGGAGUCACUUCAAGAGGCAGAAGAAAAGUUUGGUGCUUCUAGAAAGUUCAUCAACUCUUUGAAUGAUCAAAGAAAUGAAAGGCAGAAUGUUCUAUGUGAUGAGAUGAUUGAUGAAGCUAAAACUCUUGCUUCUUGCACAUUUGAAGAAAAUACAAGAUGGGGUAAAGAAAUAGGGUACUCAUACAACAGUUUACUAGAGAGCUCAUACACAGGCUAUCUCUUGCAUUCUAAGGGGUGGAAAUCAGUAUAUCUUUAUCCAAAGAGGCCAUGCUUUCUUGGUUGUAGCACCAUUGAUAUGAAGGAUGCUUUGGUCCAACUCAUGAAGUGGGCUUCUGGGCUAGUACAAGUUGGGCUUUCAAAAUACAGCCCAUUCACUUAUGGGCUCAUGUCAAAAAUGCCUUUAGUCCAAAAUAUGUGUUAUGGAUACUUCAUGUUCUCACAUUUUCUCUCCAUUCCUUGCUUCCUUUAUGGCAUUGUUCCACCUUUGUGCUUCUUGAGUGGUACUCCAGUGUUUCCCAAGGUGACAAGCCCAUGGUUUGCACUAUUCACAACCAUAUUCUUAUCAUCUCUAGCUCAACAUUUAUAUGAAGUCAUGUCUAGUGGUGGCAACUUAAGGACAUGGUGGAAUGAACAAAGAAUUUGGAUAAUAAAAACAGUCACAGCUUGCUUAUUUGGAUGCUUAGAUGUUUUAAUGAAGUGGCUGGGUGUUGCAAAGGCAAAUUUCAGGUUAACAAACAAAGCUAUAGAUGAAGAGAAAUUAAGGAAAUAUGAAAAGGGUAAAUUUGAUUUCCAAGGUGCUAAGUUGUUUAUGGUUCCUUUGACAUUUUUAGUGGUGUUUAAUGUGGUAUGUUUCAUAUUUGGAAUGAAAAGAUUGGUCUUAGAGAGGUACUUUGAGGAGAUGUUUGGACAAGGUUUCCUUUCUUUUUAUGUUUUGGUUCUUAGUUAUCCUAUAUUAGAGGGUUUAGUAGUAUCAAAGAAAGACAAGUAA